AUCAUGUCAUCUAAAGUCUUCAACUCUCACACACUGACCAGAAAAGCUAAUUUCAUUCCGCUCUGUAUCACACUCUAGGUGAAAUAAUCAAACCAAACGUCCGAUAUGCACCGAACUACUCUCCAGCUACCUCGCCAGUUCUCCUGCCGUCUGGUGCCAUAUCGCCCCUUCGGUGCAUCAUGCCGUUACUUGCUCCCCUCGCCUUUCGAAAGCGGACCCGCCCCGCCACGGCUUCCCAAAGAAGAGCAAGAGAUCUUUGAGCAACUACAACGACAGAGCACAGGCGCAUUCAGCACGCCAAGACCUCAGGCCGACCAGUCUCCGGAGUCCAUCACGCCGGCCACUUCCGCUGCGUCCGCAGAUGUGAAGAUGCGAAUAAAUCAAUCCCCAGACUCACAACAGCCUGAAUUACAGCUCACUGGGGAUGGCAAAGUUAGAGAGGGAGAGGAGUUGCAUCCGAAUAUUCGGAGAGGAGCCCCGCCCGAGUUUGAGGGAGACGUUAAUCCCAAGACUGGGGAGAUUGGGGGUCCGAAGAAUGAACCGUUGAGGUGGGGGGGAAAGGGUGAUUGGAGUUACAAUGGGAGGGUUACCGAUUUCUAGAAGACUGAGGAAGAGGAAGAGGAAGUGGGAAGGAGAAGCGACCCGCGGUAACAAAGACGCUCGGGGAGCUUCUCUAGAGGCAAUCACGACACGGUCUCAAUAAAUUUCAAAAUGAAUUGUCGCCUGCACACGAUGCGGGAAUGGUGUGUGGUUUCUAGAAUGGUUUGCAG